AUGUCAUUUGAGAUCCAGCCAUGUUCUGCAGCCAAUGCCCUCGGCCUGUCAACCACGAUGAUGGGCGCCCGUCUGACAGACCCCCACUGGGCAUUUCUGUGGGAAGACCCGAAUCCUCAAGAUAUCAUAGCAAGAGGUGCCCUCCGCGUCCCAUGGAAUCUGGCAACAGGCAGAGACACCAAAAGACAUCAAAAGGUGAUUGAUGUCGAGACGGGUCAGAUAAUUGGUUUUGCAAGGUGGAUUCUACCGGAUUGUCUAGCAAAGCAAGGCAAUGUUUGGCUUGAAGCUCAGGCACCCGAGGGAACUCAGUCUGAACGAGAAGCGUGGCAAAGACAGUACAAAGAGAAUACAAAGGGCGGCCGUCCCAUCGGUAUGAAAAGUGGCGAGUUGAUGAGCUAUCGCAGUGCGCCUCUUGAAGUUGUUGAUGCUCGGAUUAUGCGGGAUGGGCCUUUUCUGACCCUGGAUUAUUUGACGACUGAUCCUGCCUUUUGGAGACAGGGUAUUGGCAGUAUGUUGGUGCAAAGCGGCUUAAAGGUUGCUGAUCAGUAUGGGAUGAAAGUCUACGUUAUGUCGGAGCCAGCUGCGUUGAAGUUGUAUCUCAAUCAUGGAUUUGAGUUGCGCGAGACUGUGUCCACUGAUUAUUCCAAGUAUGGUGGAACAGAGCCUACGAUGGAGCAUUUUCUGAUCCGCAAGCCUCAGACGAGACUUUGA